AUGACUUCUUGUCACGUUGCUGAAGACCCUAUAAAAAAGGUGGCUAUCUUUGGAGGAACUCACGGGAAUGAACUAACAGGAGUAUUUCUAGUUAAGCACUGGCUGGAGAACAGCACUGAGAUUCAAAGAACAGGGCUGGAGGUAAAACCAUUUAUCACCAACCCAAGAGCAGUGAAGAAGUGCACCAGAUAUAUUGACUGUGACCUGAAUCGAGUUUUUGACCCUGAAAAUCUUGGCAAAAAAAAGUCAGAGGAUUUGCCAUAUGAAGUGAGAAAGGCUCAAGAAAUCAAUCAUUUAUUUGGUCCAAAAGACAGUGAAGAUUCCUAUGACAUUAUUUUUGACCUUCACAACACUACUUCUAACAUGGGGUGCACUCUUAUUCUUGAAGAUUCCAGGAAUGACUUUUUAAUUCAGAUGUUUCAUUAUAUUAAGACGUCUUUGGCUCCAUUAGCCUGCUAUGUUUACCUUAUUGAGCAUCCUUCUCUCAAAUAUGCAACCGCUCGUUCUAUAGCCAAGUAUCCUGUUGGUAUAGAAGUUGGUCCCCAGCCUCAGGGGGUUCUGAGAGCUGAUAUUCUAGAUCAAAUGAGAAAAAUGAUUAAACAUGCUCUUGAUUUUAUACACAGUUUCAAUGAAGGAAAAGAAUUUCCUCCCUGUGCUAUUGAAGUCUAUAAAAUAAUGGAGAAAGUUGAUUAUCCCAGGAAUGAAAGUGGAGAAAUUGCUGCUAUUAUCCACCCUAAACUUCAGGAUCAAGAUUGGAAACCCUUGCACCCUGAGGAUCCUGUGUUUUUAACUCUUGAUGGAAAGACUAUUUCAUUGGGUGGAGACCAAACCGUGUACCCAGUGUUUGUUAAUGAGGCCGCGUAUUAUGAGAAGAAAGAAGCUUUUGCAAAGACAACUAAACUAACACUCAAUGCAAAAAGUAUUUGCUCCUCUCUACAUUAG